GGAGGCGGCUGCCGCUAGUCAGUGGGGUCCGCUGGGGUCCACUGCGACCAGUAUUUUGUAUUAUGACUUCUCAAGAGAAGAUAGAAGAGCAUCCUUUUGUGGAUAUAUUUAAUGAAGAUGAAGCUGAAAAAGACUUUUUGUUGUCAAAACCUGUUUGCUUUAUUGUAUUUGGGAAACCAGGAGUUGGAAAGACAACAUUAGCCCAGCAGAUAGCACAAGCAAGGAGAUGUAUUCGUGUAGAAGCUUUAACAGUUUUGGAAGAACAAAUUGCCAGUGAAACCGAAUCAGGAGUUAUGUUGCAAUCGAUGCUGGUCAGUGGGCAAAGCAUUCCAGAUGAACUUGUCACAAAGCUAAUGUUGGAGAAGCUGAACUCCCUAGAAGUUGCCCACUUUGGUUAUAUUAUCACUGAAAUACCAUCACUUUCAGAAGAUGCCGUGACUAUUUUGCAGCAAAUGGAAUUAAUUAAAAAUUUAGCUUUGAAACCUGAUAUUAUAAUCAAUAUUAAGUGUCGUGAUUUUGAUUUAUGCCAAAGAGUUUCUGGGCAAAGGCAGCACAAUGCUACAGGGCACAUAUACACAAGAGAUCAGUGGGAUCCUGAAGCCAUUGGGAAUCGUAGGAAAAGGAAGAGAGAAGCCCAGAAAGAAGGAAAAGGAGAAGAGGAAGGGGAAGAGGAAGAAGAGCAAGAAGAAGAAGAGGCAUUUAUUGCUGAAAUGCAGAUGGUGGCUGAAAUUCUUCAACAUCUAAUUCAGAGGCCUGAGGAUUAUUUGGAAAAUGUUGAGAACAUGGUUAAACUUUAUAAGGACACAGUUCUUCCUACUUUAGAAGAAGUAAUGGCUGAACACAAUUCCCAGUAUCUCAUUGAGCUAGAUGGAAAUAAGCCCCCAGAGGAGCUCUUCACGACAGUUAUGGAUCGACUUAAAUAUCUGAACCUAAGAAAAGCAGCUAUUUUAACUAAACUCCAGAGUGCAGAGGAAGAAAUGACUGAGGCAAUGGAAAAUGAUGAGCUGUUCCGUACUCUUGCAUCUUGUAAACAUAUUGCACCAAGAUACAGAUGGCAGAGAAGCAGAUGGGGACGGACGUGUCCCGUGAGUUUAAAAGAAGGUAACAUUAACCUGGGAUUGCCAGACUUUUGUGUAAGUUUUCUAGGUAAAAUAUACUGUCUGUCAUCAGAAGAAACAUUAAAAAAAUUUUUAUUGAACCCGCGUCCCUAUCUCCUUCCACCUAUGCCAGCGCCACCAUUUAAAGUAUUCGUAUUUGGACCUCAGUCUUCAGGGAAAACAACACUUAGCAAUUUGCUGGCAGACCAUUACAAAGGAAAGGUAGUUGACUAUGCCAAACUUGUUCAACCGCGUUUUGAUGAAGCCCUUAAAACAUUAAUAGAAAGUACCAUAGCUGAGGCCACUGAAGCAGCCAUUAAAAGUGUGAAAGAACGGCUUCUAAAAGAACUAGAAGCUAAAAAACAAGCCACGUCAGCUUUAAGACAACUCGAAACAGAAUUUGAAAUGUCAGAGUAUGAAAAUUUCCCAAGUGAUAAAGGCUUAGAAGAGAUGCCCUCCUCACUUGAUGAAGAUGAUGAAAAAGAAAUCAGUGAAACGUCUAUGAUUAAAAGAUCUCAGGACAUUAGUCAAGAUCUAAAGCUGGCUUCAAAAAAAGAAGACUCAAUAGAAGAGGUAACUGCAGAUCAUCCAGAGGUUCUUUCCAUGAUAAAAGAGACUGUGAAAAUGACAGAGGAUAUGAACUUUGAACAGCCAUAUGAAAAACAUGCUGAAAUAUUAGAGGAAGUCCUAGAAGAGGUAAUUGAAGAAAACAAGAACAGGUUUUCUGGUGCCCCAAAAUAUGGAAGAUGGAUACUGGACAACUGCCCUAUUAUAAAAGAACUGUGGACAGUCUUAGUUGAGAAAGGAAUUACACCAGAUUUAGUAGUUUGCUUAUCAAAUACAGAAAACAAUGGAAAGUGUUUACUUAAUAGACUAUAUUUAGAGAAUAAACCUGAAAUUGACUCUAAGAUAUUAGAACGAUUAUUAGAUGAACUACAAAAGGAAAAAGCAAAGAAAGAAGCAGCAAGAAAAGCCAAAGAAGAAGCAUUGAGACUAGAAGAAGAAAAUCAAAGAAUACUGGAAGCUAUGAAUGAGAAAAGAAAAGAAGCAGAGGAGCCUGAACCUGAGGCUGAAGAGGAGAUUGAAGGUGAUGAGACUAUGAUUCCCGAAGGGUCUGAGGCCCUUGAGGUAGCCGAGGAGACUGGGGGGUCCUUACCUGAGGAGUCUGAAGUGUCCUUGGUCCCUGAAUCAGUGUCUGAGCCUACUGGGGAAACUACACUUGGAACAGAAAUUCCAAAAGAAUCCAAAGAGGACCUGGAAAUUGAAUUACCUGAAACAGUCAUACUACCCGAAUUUCCAGAAGAUGCUUAUCCUGAUGUUCCUGAAAUGGAACCAAUGAAAGAGAAGAUUAAAUCUUUCAGCUCUGUCUGGAAACCUCUGGAAACAGUAAUCAUUGAAUCUUCCACUCAGAUUUUCAACUUGGAGAUUGCUGGGAAAACUCCAGAGCAACUACUUCAAAAAGUAGUUGAGACUAUGGAAAAACCUUUCCAGUAUACUGGAUGGGAGCUAAGUUUGGAAGAUUUUGAAGAAGAAACAGAAGACUAUCAGGCUGAAAUGGAAGCUGAUGAGGAGCUAGGAGAAGAAGAUGAGGAAGAAGAAGAGAAUGAAGAGAGAGUGAAAGAGAAGAAAAGGCAUUUGGGAGAUACAAAGCACUUUUGUCCAGUGGUUCUCAAAGAAAACUUCAUCCUACAACCAGGCAACAUAGAAGAAGCAGCUAAAUAUCGAGAAAAGAUCUACUACUUUUCAAGUCCUGAGGCUAAAGAAAAAUUUUUGGAGCAUCCUCAGGAGUACGUGGCUCAUAACGAACCAUUAAAAGCUCCUCCAUUAAGAAUAUGCCUUCUGGGCCCCCAUGGCUCUGGCAAAACUGUCUGUGGAAGACAUUUGGCAGAAAAAUUGGGCAUUUUUCACAUUCAGUUUGAAGAAUUUCUUCAAGAAAAACUAAUGCUCAAAACUGAAAAGAAAAUUGGACCUGAAUUUGAGGAAGAUGCUGAGGAAGAACAAAUUAGAAAACAAGAACUUGAAGAGCUUGCAUUUCAGGCCAAUGUCACGAUUGAGAAAGAAAAUACAAAGAAGCCGCCUUCAGAAAUAAAAUUUACAGAAGAAGAAGAAGCAAUCAGAUUAAACCUAAUGGAAAAUGAGCUGUUGCCUUCAGAAAUUCUUGAAGCAAUUCUUUCUGAGUGGUGGUUUAAAGAACCAAUACGUUCCACAGGUUUUAUAUUAGAUGGUUUCCCACGAUAUCCUGAUGAGGUCCAGUUUCUGGGGGAACAUGGAUUUUUCCCAGAUGCUGCUGUUUUUAUACAAGUUGAUGAUCAAGAUGUUUCUGAUCGCCUUCUGCCUCCCCUAAUUGAAAAGUGGAAGCUGAAACAAAAGAAGAAAUUGGACAGGAAAAAUCUCAUUAAAGAAAUGAAGGCAAAAAUCAAGGAUGAUAUGAUAUCUAGAAGAAGGGCUGAACUUUUAGCAGAGAAAGAGAAAAAAAAGAAAGCGGAGGUUGUUAGAGACGAUGAAGAACUUAGUGAGGAAGGGGCUGAAGAAGAUGAUGAUGAUGACUAUAUUGACGACAUCCUCGAAGAUGAAUUUCCAAAAGAUGAGGAAGCGAUGAGUGAGGAAGAAGAAGAACAGGAGACUGAUGCACUUGAACGCCUGAAAGGUGAACUGGGAGAAAAAUAUGAAACAGAUAUGACUAAUUUACAAGGAAUACAGGAUGAAUUUGACAAGUUUUUAAUACCAGUAUUUCUCAUUAAUGGAGCUCGGAAAAUUCACAUUGUACAAUAUUUGUUGAACAUGAAACUGAAACCACUGGUGGAGAAUCGUGCAAGCAUUUUUGAGAAAUGUUAUCCAAUAUCAUCACGCCUUGCCCAGAAAAUGCUCAGCGUUACCUAUAAAUAUAUAAGCACAUUCGGCUAUUGGGACCCUGUAAAGCUAAGUGAAGGAGAGACCAUCAAGCCAGUGGAAAACUCACAGAAUCCACUUUAUCCUGUAAUCCAUCGUCAGUAUAUUUAUUUUUUUUCUAGUAAGGAAACUAAAGAAAAAUUUAUGAAGAACCCAAUCAAAUAUAUACGCCAACCCAAACCUAAGCCUACUAUGCCCGUUAGGAUUGCAAUUGUGGGGCCUCCAAAAUCUGGGAAAACUACAGUUGCCAAAAAAAUUUCCAGUGAAUAUGGCUUGAAGCGUUUGUCUGUAGGAGAAGCCUUGCGUUCUGUAUUAAACAACCAACCAGACACAGAGCUGGCACUUAUGUUAAAUUGGCAUCUUCAGAAAGGAAUGACAGCACCUGAUGAACUGGCUGUUGAGUCCUUAGAAAUCUGUCUGAUGGAAAGUGUAUGUAAUACUGCAGGUGUUAUCAUCGAUGGAUUCCCUGUAACUAAAUACCAAAUGAGUCUCUUGGAAGCCAGGUCAAUCAUCCCCAUGGUCAUUUUUGAGUUGGAUGUGCCUUCCAAGGAGAUUUUCAAAAGAUUGCUCCUGGAGAAAAAAAAGGAACAAAGCUUGCCUUAUCCAUUACACAAUAGCACGCAGAUUACCGCUGUCAAGAACUCAAGUUACCACAAAAAUAUUGAUGCGAUUAGGCAAUAUUACCAAGAGCAACAGCAGAACUGGUAUGUGAUUGAUGGAUUUCACAGCAAAUGGUGGGUAUGGAAUGAAGUCAUGAAGAACAUUCAAAUGGUGAAUAAACAUAUACAGAUAUACCUGGAAAAAAUAAAAGCAGGGAAAGCCGCCUGCAUUGACAAGUUAUGCAUCACACCUCAGGAACUUAUUUCUCGCCUGGGCGAAUUCGAACAAUUCUGCCCCGUCAGCCUGGCAGAAUCGUAUGAAUUAAUUGACUGCUCUGUAACUGAGUCCUUGGAAUUUGCAGCAGAGUUCAGAGGGCACUAUUAUAAAAUGAGUUCUCGGGAAAAACUGAAUAAAUUUUUGGAGAACCCAGAAUUCUAUGUGCCUCCAUUAGCACCUUAUCCACUCCCAUCUGCCGAUAUGAUCCCCAAAAGGCUGACGCUGUCAGAGCUGAAGAAACGAUUCCCUAAGUGUCCUGAGCUCCACGGCUACUGUCCUGUGACCUAUCAGGAUGGAAAACAAAGAUAUGAAGCCUUAGUACCUGGUAACAUUAAAUAUGCCAUAGAAUAUCGUGAUCGUAUAUAUAUUUGUGAGAGUAAUGAAAAACUCCAAAAAUUUCUGAGGUUGCCACUGAAAUACUGGAAUCAGAAGCUUCCGUACAAACUUCCCCCAUUAAAGGAACCGAUCAAUCUUACUAGUCUUCCUUUACCUGGAUAUCUGGAACAGGGUAUCGCAACUUCUCUAAUUAAAGCAAUGAAUGCAGCAGGAUGCUUAAAGCCCAAAUUUCCUUUCUUAAGUAUAAAGAGAUCUGCGCUACUCUAUAUUGCAUUUCAUCUGAAAGCCUUUAAUCCCAAAGGUUCUGAAUAUACAAGAAAAAAGUAUAAGAAGAAGAUGGAGCAGUUUAUGGAGAGAUGUGAACUCAUUACAUACCUGGGUGCCAAGAUGACCAGAAAAUAUAAGGAACCUCAGUUUAGAGCUAUUGACUUUGAUCAUAAAUUACGGACAUUUGUCUCUCUUAAAAAUAUAGACCCAAUUAAUGAAUAGUUUGCUUGGGUAACUGCAACCAGAAUUUCGAGAGUUACUUAAAAGGCAGAGAAGGAAAUAGAUUGAAACUCUGACCCUUUCUAAUGUACUUUUCCCUCCUGAGUGAUGUACCAUGGGCCAGACCUCAAAUAGACUCAAAUAUCUGCCAUCCAGGAAGGAGUGCUCUUCUGUAAGCAUGUUUUAAGGUAAUUUUAAUGUUUCUUGCUCUUGGCCUAAACUUUCAUGCUUCAACAAAAUGGUUAUUCCAUUUAGAAUUCCAUUUAGAAUAUUUAGGUAAUUUAUUUUACUUAAUCUAUUUUUCAUUUUCCUUUUUAACAUUUUCAGUAGAAAAGUCAGUCUCUGUUAAAGAAAAUUACUCAGUAAAUGUUAGAAAGCGUCAAGAAACAAAAUUAACAUUGAUAUAAAUAAAAUAGAAAUAUUGGUUACACUUUCAAAAUAAGGAGUUGUUAACUUCAUGAACAUACGAUACUUUAUCA